UCAAACUCCUUGCCUCAAGGGAUCCUCCCACCUCAGCCUCCCAAGUAGCUGGGACUACAGGUGUGCACCGCCAUGACAGGCUAACAUUUUUUUGUACAACAGGGGCUCAUUCUAUUGCCCAUGCUGGUCUUGGACUCCUGGCCUGAAGCAAACCUCCCACCCUGGCCUCCCAAACCACUGGGAUUACAGGUGUGAGCCACUGUGCCCAGCCUGGGAUGACUUUUUAAGUAGGUCACAAACAGAACAUGACAGUUCCUAGGUUCAUUGCCUUGUGCUCAGCUCCUCUCACAACACCAGCCUCUUCCUGGAUUUUGGGGUGCAGAAAGGGACCAUUAGCACAAGGCAGAAAUGAGCCAUAGCUUCUAACGGCCCCAGCUGACAGCACAGGAUCCUGUCUCACAAUGUUUCUCUCACCUGGAAUGCUGAGCCCAUGCGCUCUCCACAUCUUCAUACCCUCCCCAAUGGCCAAGACCUACCCCAAGCCCCAUCAUAGCCAGGAAGCAUUCUCUGCCCCUGCCAGCUCAAUGUGUGCUAGACAUCAUGUUCAGGGUUUUAUGCACGUCUUCCCAUUGAAUCCCUGCAGCAUUCUGUUAUGCAGAAUUAUAAUUAUCCCCACAAAGAGGAAACUAAGGCUCAGAGAGGUUAAAAUCUGUGCUCAUGGGUUCCAAAUUGCAGAGACAGGAGUGAAGCCCAGGUGUGCAUGACCCCUGAGCCUGUGUUGGUCACUAUCUGUGUGAUGCCACCACCCCAACAGCACCCCUUUAUUGUAUACAGUCUGGACUUGGUACCAGCCCCUCAAUGGGUCAUUUCAUAUGCUUCUAGAAUCAAGUUGUUACUAAGUAUAUGAAGCAUCUUCCCAACUUCAUUGAAGAUUCACUGAGGGAAGAAAUGAUAUUUUGUACUUCUUUUCUCUUCUGGGACCACGUAUAGACUUACAUAUGGUGAUUAGAUGCUGGUUCGUUCAUUGGGGGGAGAGGAAAGGCGGCAGUGGUUGGGUUCACAUAAUAUGGAGAAGGAAGUAAAAUGUACUGAAUACCAGAUGCCAUACUUUAAAGACAUCAUUUUAGCUAAUCCUAUUUUAAUGCUUUGUGAUAGGUACUGUUAUCCUUGGUAGAGACCGUUUCUUUGUUUCUGGGACUUGUAAAAAUUGAGUAACUCACAUAAUUCCACACACUGUGUGAGAGGUAGAACAAAGAUUCUCACACAUUCCAUUUCCCUGUUACACCCAUUCUGGCCUCAUAUUAUUGGCUUUCUGAUUCCAAAGCCAGAACCACAGUUCAAUCUGGUUCCAAAUGGCAGCCCUUUAGAACAUCCACUAUUUUUCUUGAGAAGAGGUUCUGAGAAAUUUAAGGUCACUAACCAGAUCUAACAGAGGUGGAAUUGCCACAUUUCAAAAGGGUAGAAACAAUUGUGUGAAUGAAAGACCAUUUCAUGGAGGGGGAGGAGAAAGGUGGUGGCCCAUGUACAGAAAUCUGGAUCCAGAAUUGAUAUAAAGACAGAGGAGCCACUGCUCGGGAAAGACUCACCCCUGGCAACUGAAGAGGAGACAGUGCCGUCCCCUAUCAAGAUGAAGCUGCUGUUGCUGAGUCUGGGCCUGGCCCUAGUUUCUAGCCAGGCACAAGAAAUCGUUGAUCCUGUGACAAGCAACUUCGAUCUGUCAAAGCUUUCAGGAGACUGGUAUUCCAUUUACUUGGCCUCUGACAAUAAGGAAAAGAUAGAAGAGAAUGGCAGCAUGAGGGUUUUUGUGGAACGCAUCUAUGUCCUGGAGCACUCUUCUCUGUACUUUAAAUUACAUACAAUCGUAAAUGGAGAGUGCAGUGAAGUUCCUUUUGUUUGUGACUCAACAGGAAAAGAUGGUGAAUGUAGUUCUGACUGGGCCAUCUAAUAGCCAAUAUCCUGAACUGGGGAGAACUCUGUAUGUGAAAGCCAAUGCUUGACACAGAAUUCCAUCAGCUGAAGAAGGCAGUUUGGUUGUAUGUACCUCCUGCAACAAAAGCCAAUUGGCAGGUAAAGUAAAGUAAACUGGCAGGACAGCUUCUCAUCCCUGCCAUGUUUCUGAUGAUGCCUGGUGGCCAUUGC